AUGCCAGCAUUGCCCCUGGAUGAGCUCCAGCUGACAGAGAGAGAUCCCAGGACUGGGAAGCUGAGAACUUUACCAGCACUGCACCCAGAAAUCAAAGCAGAUCGGUCUUUUGUGCUGUACAGACCACCCCCUCUUACCAGAGACCCUGCUUUGGUGGAAGAGUUCCUGGAGCGAGCAAAAUUCAUUGCAGAUGACCUCAACUGGCUUCUGGCUUUGCCCCAUGAGAAAUUUUGGUGCCAGGUCAUAUUUGAUGAGACACUUCAGAAGUGUCUGGACUCCUACCUGUGCCAUGCCCCACGCAAGUUUGAUGCCUCUCUGGAUUGCCAGCCAGAGGUGAAUGAGAUGCAGAAAUGCCUUCACCAGAGUGUCUUCCUGACCUUCCUCAGGAUGUCCACACACAAGGAGUCCAAGGAUCACUUUAUCACUCCCUCUGUCUUUGGAGAAAUUAUUUACAAUAACUUCCUGUUUGACAUCCCGAAGAUCCUGGAUCUCUGUGUGCUCUUUGGGAAGGGAAAUGGUCUCCUGCUCCAGAAGAUGAUUGGAAAUAUCUUCACCCAGCAGCCAAGUUACUUCAGUGACCUCGAUCAAACUCUGCCCACUGUCCUCCAGGUGUUCAACAAUAUUCUGCAUAAGUGUGGUUUGCAGUGUGAAGGAGCCUCUGCUGAGCCCCAGAAACUGGAAGAAAAAGUGAAUGUGACUCCAGGGAGCAUGCCCCUCCAGGAGCUGAAGGACAUUGUGCUGUACCUGUGUGACACCUGCACAACACUUUGGGCCUUCCUUGAUGUCUUCCCACUGGUGUGCCAGAUCUUCCAGAAACACGACUUCUGUUACAGGUUAGCUUCAUUUUAUGAUGUGGCAAUUCCUGAGCUGGAAGCUGCAAUUAAGAGGAGGCAUUAUGAGGAUAAGAGUGGUUUUGCUGAUUUGUGGAGGAGGAUUUCACAUUCCAGGAAGAAGAUGAUAGAAGCUUUUCACAUCCUAAUAAACCAAGUGUGUCUGCAGCCCAUCUUGGAAAGCAGCUGUGAGAACAUUCAGCCUUUCAUUGAGGAAUUUCUACAGAUCUUCACCUCGGUGCUUCAGGAAAGGAGAUUUCUCCGUGACUAUGAUGAGUUGUUUCCUGUGGAGGAUGAUGUCAGUCUGCUUCAGCAAGCGUCCUCCACACUAGAUGAGACCAGGACAGCCUACAUCCUCCAAGCAGUAGAGAGUGCAUGGGAAGGGGUAGACAGGAAAAAAGCACAGGUUGUUAAAGACCCAGCACCACCAGCAGCAUCUAAUGGAGCAUCAGCAGGAGUGGAGAGCACUGCAGAGGACAUGGAGGAGCUUGGGGCUGCAUAUGGAUCAGAGGACGAGUGUGCUGGUGCAGCUGCUGCACCCCUUGCCAAGGUCUCAGGGGUGGAGCUGGACUCUCUCAUCUCUCAAGUGAAGGAUCUGCUGCCAGACCUUGGUGAGGGCUUCAUCCUGGCCUGCCUGGAGGAGUACAGUUACAACACAGAGCAAGUGAUCAACAACAUUCUAGAAGACAAACUGGUGCCACACUUGGACAAGCUGGACCGAAGAAUGCAAAGGCAGCUGAAGCCAGACCCGACUCCCCUGCUCAGCUCUCGCUCCAAUGUUUUCCAGCACGAUGAGUUUGAUGUUUUCAGCAGGGACUCUGUGGAUGUUUCUCGGAUCCAGAAAGGCAAGCGAACCAGGGAGAAAGAGACCACCAGGAGCCUGCUGAAUGACAAGCGCCUGGUUGCUGAGCAGAGGGAGCGCUACAGCCAGUACAGUGUGGUGGUGGAGGAGGUCCCAGUCCAGCCAGGAGAGGCUCAGCUCUACAGGGAGGACUAUGAGGAUGAGUACGAUGACACUUACGAUGGAAACCAAGUGGGAGCCAACGAUGCUGACUCGGAUGAUGAGCUGAUCAGCAGGAGGCCAUUCACAAUCCCUCAGGUCUUGAGACGUAAAGGACAGGAAGAAGGACAGGAGGAGGAAGAGGAGGAUGAUGAGGAAGAGGAGGAGGAAGCUGAAAAGGAAAGAACAAAGGUGACAUUUAGUUGGAAGCCUGACCACUUUGUGCAGGACCCAGCUGUGCUGCGGGAGCGAGCCGAGGCCCGGCGGCUGGCCUACCUGGCCAGGAGGGGACACAAGCACAACAGCUCAGCUGUGGUUGGGAAUGCCAAGGGCCAGGGGCAGAACCGGGACACGGUGCAGGAGCGCAGGAAAAAGGAAGCAAACAAAAGCACAAGAGCAAACCACAACCGGCGAGCCAUGGCUGACAGGAAGAGGAACAAAGGCAUGAUUCCCUCCUGAGAGAUUCUGGGCCUGGCUGCUGCAGGACCCUGCCCCAGGCCUCUGCUUUGGCAGGAGGCAGCUCUGCUCUGUCCCCUCGGGGCUUGCUUCGUUGAAGGGACAAUAUCAUGGUUCAGUACCUGGCUCCUGCAGAACUGCACACUCUGAGGGAGGGCUGUCUGCUGUUCAUGGAAAGAAGCUGUCCUCCAGGCAGAGCCUGGCUGCUCUUCAGUUUGUAGAGAUGUUUGUGAUGACCUGCACCUUGACAUGUCAGACAGGCUGCAUCAGCCAUUCCUUUCCUUUUCUACUAUUUAUAAUUCUGAGAAUUUUAUUUUCAUACCAGCUCUUUGUGCCCUCUCCACAACUUCCAGGCCCCACAGUGGGCAGCUCUGAUCAGAGAAAGGCUUCUCUGGAACAGCUCUUGUAGCUUUCUGCUCCACUGCAAUGCCUUUUCCUCAAAGCACAGCUUGCAGGUUGGUGGGAAAACAUUCAGGCCAUCCCUCUUGCCAGCAGACACAAAGGAGUUCAGGUCAGUUAAGACCUUAGCAUCAAUUUCUGUCCCUUGAGUGAGGUGUGUGUGAAAG